AUGGACACCACGCGGUCGGGUUUCCUCAAACUGCAGCAGAGCAGCAGCGCCACGCCAGAAAUGGCAGCAGAAUGGCACAAACUGGAGGAUUGUUACAACAGAAAGUUGUGGCACCAGCUGACACUGAAGCUGACAGAUUUCGUGCAAGACCCCUAUUUCUCCAAAGGUGACGCCCUCAUCCAGCUUUAUGAAAACUUCAUCAGUGAUUUUGAACACAGAAUCAAUCCGUUGUCGUUAGUAGAAAUAAUCCUCCACGUUGUCAGACGAAUGCCAGACCCAAACACUGCCAUAACUUUUCUUGAGAAAACGAAAGAGAAGGUGAAAGUGAGUGAUGAAGCGGUUAUUCUCUGUAAAACGGUCAUCGGCAGCCUCAAACUGGACAUCAAUGAUUUACCUGCUACUAAGAAACUGAUCGAGGAAGUGGAGGAGAUGCUGAACAACCUGCCGGGCGUGACGUCUGUACACGGGCGAUUCUACGACCUCUCCAGCAAAUAUUACCGCAUUAUUGGAAACCAUGCGCUCUACUACAAGGAUGCUCUGCGGUACCUGGGCUGCGUGGACGCGAAGGACCUGCCAGAGGCGGAGCAGCAGGAGAGAGCCUUCACACUGGGAUUGGCUGGACUGCUCGGGGAGGGCGUGUACAAUUUCGGAGAGCUGCUGAUGCAUCCAGUGCUGGAGUCUCUGAGGAACACAGAUAAACAGUGGCUGAUAGAGACGCUCUACGCCUUUAACUCGGGGAACGUGGAGAAGUUCAGAGCCCUGAAAUCCGCCUGGGGGCAGCAGCCUGAUCUCGCAGCUCAGGAGCCCAAACUCAUGCAGAAGAUCCAGCUGCUGUGUGUGAUGGAGAUGACUUUCACCAGACCAGCGAAUCACAGGCAGCUCACAUUCCAGGAAAUCGCUCAGAGCACCAAGGUCCCGGUGAACGAGGUGGAGCUCCUGGUGAUGAAGGCUCUGUCCGUCGGCCUCAUUAAAGGCAGUAUUGAUGAGGUGGAUCAGAAGGUGCACAUGACGUGGGUGCAGCCGCGGGUGCUGGACCUGCCACAGAUCAAGGGCAUGAAGGAGCGUCUGGACUUCUGGUGUGGAGACGUGAAGAGCAUGGCGAUCCUGGUGGAGCAGCAGGCGCAGGACAUCCUCACAUAACCACGCACGGCCCAACACACAGACCCGUCAGAACCUGUUCUUUACCUGUGAUAUGUUAGUGCAUGACUUUACAUACUUCAUUAAAGAGACUUUCUCAGAG